AUCCAGCAGACAGGGGUCAAGUGGUCAACACCAGUGUCUCACUCAGCUCACUGCAGUAGCAGUCUUCCCCCUAGAUCCCGCCGACAUUCUCCAACCCAAUCGUGCCAGCGAUGGGGAGGACGGGGGUGGCCUCCGCCUCCAGUGGUGGAGGAGCAGGAUGGCCGUGCGGUGGUGGCCUCAACCUCGGCGUGAAGCUGAACGUGCUGCUGCUGCUGUCGGUGGUGGCCACCAACCUGGUGUCCCUGUACCACCUCUCCCUCCGCGCCGCGACCGUGCCGCCGCUCCUUCUCCAGCACCAGCAGCAGCAACGGGACGGCGACGAGGACCUGGUCCUCAUCCGGCAGCUGGACGCCAUCCGCGCGGGCGUAUCGCAGCUGAACCACCUCCGCUCGUCGUCCCCUCCCCCGCCGCCUCCCCCGGCGGAGCUGGUCCUCUACUCCCGCCUCGCCCCCGUCGCGUCCGCCUGCUCCGCGCACCCGGACCUCCUCCACCGCUACAUGUCCUACACCCCCUUCGCGCCCUGCCCCGACGACGCCCUCUCCCUCGCCGAGCCCCUCCUCCUCCGCGGAUGCCAUCCGCUGCCGCGCCGCAGGUGCUUCUCCCCGACCGCUUCCGCAUCAGCAUCCAAACUCCUCCCCACCGACCCCUUCUCCCCGCUUCCCGACGCCGCCGUCCGAUGGCCCAAGGAGGGCAAGUGCAAAUCCUUCUCCUGCCUGCCGCCGUCGCUGGGCUUCGACGUGGCGCGCACGGAGGCCGCACGGUUCCUCCGCGCGAGGGGGCCCUUGGACCUGACGGCGCCGCAGCUGCUGCGGUUGGCCUCGCUCAGCCGGGCGGGGCCCAUCCGGCUCGGGCUCGACAUUGGCGGCGGCACGGGCACGCUGGCGGCGCGGCUCAAGAAGCUCGCCAACGCCACGGUGCUCACGACCACAAUGAACCUGGGCGCGCCCUACUCGGAAGCGACGGCGGCGCGCGGGGUGGUGCCGCUGCAUGUGCCGCUGCAGCAGCGGUUCCCGGUAGCGGACGGGACCAUGGACGUGGUGCGUGCGGGGCACGCCGUGAACCGUUGGAUCCCGGAGGCAGCGCUGGAGUUCCUGUGGUACGACGCGGACCGUGUGCUGCGCCCCGGCGGGCUGCUCUGGGUGGACCACUUUUGGUGCCGGAGGAGUGACCUGGAGGGUGUCUACGCCACCAUGCUGCGGAGGCUCGGCUACAAGACCAUCAAGUGGGUCGCCGCCGACAAGAGCGUCGCCGGAGGCGGCAACAGUGGCAAGGACGAGGUCUACCUCACCGCGCUGCUGCAGAAGCCCUUCAGUUAGGCAGUGAACACCGUGUAUUGGGGGGAAAUCAUGGCAUGGGAAUUCAUCAUCAACCGAGUAUCUUCUUCGCUGAAGACUGAAGCAAUGCAGUGCAAUCUGCAAUGGUUCCAGAACUUGCAGCAAUCAGCUUGUAUUAUACUACGUGUACAAUUUCUGCUGCAAUGUGUGCAGCAGUGCAAGCAGUAGAACUGAUGUGCAAGCUAAACCUUCACAUUUUGGCAAAAUUCAAAAUUAGCAACCAAUUCUACUGCUUCCAAUCGCAUAUUCUGACACC